UUACUUUCUUGUUCUAGAGCGAAAAGAGCAGCUGUUUGCUUCGACUUACCAUGACAAUGAAUGUUUCUGACCAAUCUUUCCUCUCGCUCCUGCAAACUUAGGAGCCUAUUUUGUCAACGAUAAACAGCCAGGAAGGUUUCAUAUUGUGUCGCGGAUGGAGAUUUCUUUUGCUUUUCCAGGCAAAUGUACGAAGACAACGUCGUGGCUGGGCCACGAGGGAAGGACCGACGGUCACUACCGGGUAUCCCCGAUGCCCGGGCCUCUCCGCGUAGCACACUUAUGAAGACUAUCACAUAAUGAUAUUCUUGUCAUAAAUUUUGGUGUCUUUCCCAGAAUUAGUAUCAUAGAUUAAAACGAUAGGAGACAGUUUCAAAAGUAUCUGGCUAGUAUGGCUAUAGCUUUCACAAUAUCUGUCUCUCCCAUAAUCAGUAUCAUAGAUUAAAACUACGAUAGGAGACACUUCUCUCAAAAGUGUCUGCCUAUGGCUACAACGGCUUUAAUACGUCCCGAUCUGGAGAGGGAGAUGGCUCUGGAGAUGGCACCACCACUCCCCGCGGUCCGAGCCUUGUGACUUCGAGCGAACCAACAACGGCGGCUCCUUCCGGAGGUCACGUGGAGGGAACGGUGGUGGUAGCAGCAGCACAAGCUCCAUCCAACACCCGCAGCAAGGAGAGUGCAGCAAUAUCUUAUGCCGGGGGCUCAAAAGAGAACAGUUCAAAAGAGAAACUACACGUACCGGGAGACGAGAAAACACGCACUACCCAAACCGGGAGAGGCGACCAGCGCUCAAAAGAAGAAUCGCGAGCAGUUUCGUUUGAGGUUGAACAGCCAACGCUUCUCAACUCACGAGAGACAGCACCGCGAGAUCGAUACACGGUACAAAAUCAUUCGAGAUCUUGUUCUCAGGCCACAAAUCUAAUUGAUUAUAUACAGAUUAUUGAUUUUCCUCCACCAUCUGAUAUUCAUCAUUUUGGUACUUUUACUUGAGAAGUACGCUUUAAACGCAAUCAUGCAAUUUUCAGUUCACUUCGGCCUUUGCGACUUUUUCUCGGCCGUGGUUUCUCGGGGGCAACAAAAGUACUCUGGUUCAUGAUGAAGCAAUGGCGAAGCAGCCCAGUGUACAUCAACGACCCUAUGAUACAGGCAUUUGCAGCAUACACCUAGACCGGCAUUUACUUCAAAAAAUGGAACAUGCAACUUUUAUAUGGUAAUGAUCGGAGGUUACUUUUCGUUCGACUUAAACUCUACAGCUGGUUCCUGACUGCUUCCCCUUGAAAAAUCUUGUCAUUGACUCUUAACUAUAAAAAUAGUUUACAAGCUUGCAACUACCAAUUACCUGCUCCUUCUAAUGCUGAUCACUACAUAUGCCAGAAAGGAAUGCUGACGCAUUUUUCCAUGAUUCUGACGUAAACGAUCCCUGGGACGAAGAUGUUCAGGUGGUUGGGAGUAAAGUUUACAGUCGUAUUAAGGCUCUCACUAAUGCAUCUUUGACUGCAUCCUUGUUGGGGGAGUAUUUUGCCGCCGUGCUCUACUUCAGGGAUGUACUUGAGAGAUGAACUAUGGAUAGCUCUAAUCCUAGCUUUACGAAACCAAAGCAGCAACAGUGUCGCAUAGGUAUUGCCACUUAGAUUGAUUCUUCGUCCUUCUUGUCCUUGCAGAUGCUGAAAUGGAAAAAGUCAAAUAGUGUCUAGAGAUAAAAAUUUCUUUGUUUGUCUAAGGUCAACCAGAUAAUUUCAUUCUUUUUUCACCAACUUUUACAUCUACUUCUAUUGUUUUUAAAUGCAAAUAGAAAUCAAAGUUUCUCGUCAAUGCUGUGGAGGAACACUAGAAUAUGUACUUUUCAACAUGAGAUAUUUCCGAUAAACUGGAUAUAUCCAACAUAUCAAAACUGUAGUUUAUAGUGCUAAGCCAUUCAUUCUUGGCACUACAGCUGAGAUUGAUACGACCCCCUUUGUCGUGUUCUUUCCCACUACCAGGUGUUACUCCUUACCAGUACUAUGGUAUUGAUCCGACGCAAGAGGUUUUUAGCGCGUCGUUCAAGAUCGUUUUAGAGACCGAGGUCGAGUAUGAGGAGUGGGUCACGAAAGUCGAAAGCCAGAAGGACUUAGUGCUGCCUGUGCAGGAGUGCCUCUUCACAUUAUGCUUGUAGUUAAUGGUAUGACUGAGUAGUAUGUGUAUGAGUCCGGGGUAUCAACGACAAAGUUUUAUUUGUGGGCGAAUGGUUUGCAACAAAGCCUAUUUCUUUAUGUAAUAAUAUGCUGCCUCAGGUACUAGUUACGCUAGACUCGUAACGCGAAGCAAUCACACGAUAUCUCAGCGACGUCCGAGUCCUGAGUUAAUCCGUUCUAAUUUCGACACCGAGAUUCUUGCACAAGAAUUCAAUCGAUUUGCAGAUUUUUUCAUCCGACUGGAAUGCCAAGUGUUGUAAGAAAGAGGUGACCGUGACAAAGAACCAGAUGAUGACAAGCACUUGCCGGAACGACUACGAUCUGUACGGCUGAAAAAUGGAAAAAUAAUCACAUUAAACACUGCGUCUAAGAGGUUUUAUUCUUAGCUAAUCACAAACACUUAUUCGAAGUAAAAUAGUUUUUAUUCUUAGCUAAUCACCAACACUGCGUCGGUAAGUGAAAUAGUUUCUAUUCUUGGCGGCUUUUCGUAUUCGUUCUCGCGCUCGUUCACAAAGAUCACCAUCUAGUCCGCACUGGCGACCCCUUCUUUGACCAGCCCAUCACGAUCCUUUGGAAACAAAAUUUCUUCUCCUCAAUAAUGUUGUUGACCCUCUCAUUUUCGGAGCGACUUUCCGUUCGAUCGGCAGACCUUGGAAAUUGUGCUAUUCAUAAUACCAGAAGUAAACACACAAUUCAAUCUGGACAUAUGCGACACGUUAGGGAAGCCGCAGCUGGUGCAGAGCUUCGAAACCAACUUCAAUUAUGGCACUGGUACUACACUUGAUUUUUGGACCCGCUACUGCUCUUACUACAUCGAACCGGACAACUAGGACUGCUCUAUUUAGUACUUAAACUCAUAGUUGGGAGUUGAAAAAGCGGUACUUGUUAGGUAUCUGAAGAGCAGUACUAGGAGUAAUGCACCUGGGACCAGGAUGAAUGAGAGGAAUAUCAUGGCUUAGUCCUAUUUGUACUAAAACUCUGCUCUAAUCUCGAACGCCGGACUGGGAGAUCAUUCCUGGUUCGUUUGUGGUAGUUUCGGACUCCCCACCCGCAGGACAGCGCGUGGUUAUAUCCGUUCAGGUGAAACGUAUCUGGCAGAGCUACAUUUGGAAUUUUUAUCUUAUGUCAAGAAUUUCCGGCUGAUUAUACACUAGUUGUAGUCGACGCAAUUUUUAUCUUAUGCCAAGAAUUUCAGCAUGGGUAGAUAUUGGCAGCACCCUGUGUGAGAGCGUAGUCAAGGCAACCUAUCCUAUCCUACACUUGUUUUGUUCUUUCAUCUUUCGGGGCCGCUGCCGUUUUUUGAAUUGAAGUACAACCGGUUAGUUUUUCCUUCGUAGUAAGGCGUAUGCCUUAAACUUCCCUGCAUGACGAAUAACUUCUGCAGCAGGAGUCCAUGCUCUCUCCUUCGUCUUCACGGGCUGCGCUUUUUUGAACAGAACUACUGAUUAGAUUAUGUGGAUCUAUGAAGUGGUAUGCAGGUUUUCUAUAUUUAUAAGCUAGCAUCUACUCCGUCUCCCUUUCAUAUACUUCGUUUUCUUCUUGAUCACGUCCUCUGGUUUUGCGAGUUAUGUGUGGAACCCUCGUCGCGGCUUAUCCGAAGAAAUGGUGGCACGAGGAGAGUGGAAUGUGCAGAAUCCGCACGACGCGAUUACGAUUUCCCUGCUGGCGCUUCUGACUAAUAUCAGUUUCAAGACAUACGUUUCACAGGUAUAAUUGGUUACGGGAAUAAGCAGUAUGACCAUCGGUGAUGAUGUGAAGAAUCUGAAGUUGUUGAGCUUGGAUACAGGGUAGCUAUCAACCAAUAGUCAGCUGUUCCUUAGACAUCUCCCAGCAUAUAAUUCUUGGAUCAGAUGGAAUCUAGGGUUUUUUUGUAAGAAACCGAUGCCCCAACUCGAUAUGCUGUUGUCUCUAAGAAGCGAUAAAGGUGUAGCUCAUUAUCUUCUACACUUUCGAAUACAGGUGGCUCCGAAAGUGGGUUAUAUGACGAAUUUAGACGUCUACAUUUUCGGCUGCCUUUCGAUUUCCUCGUUGCAGACCGGGACUCACGUUAUCAUAGUGCUAGGCGAGCUGUCCCCGGCAGUGGAGCAUUUCUGGGUCGUUGGAGGUAUGAGAAGACAGUAUUCAACCUAAAAAUUUCAGUUACAAUAUCUUGAUGUUAAUCUUUAUGGCGAUUUUUCUAUCUGCGAUCUUGAUAGCGAUUUUUUUGUUUGCGAAUAUUUGGAACUUUUGGUGUCCUUGGUUUCUACUUCUCGAAAUUCCACAUGAGUGCUUGACCUAACUAAGCCCAGCACAGCGAUGUGCAAUACGCAAUACUAGAAUCAUCUUAGUGCAUGAUUCUCAUUUUGUUCUGCUCCCCAUAAAGGUAUGACGUGCUUGUGGGCUAUUUUUCACCUCUGGUAUUUUCUAUUGGUAUCGAAGUCAAGAACCCGCACCCUGCCUCAAAACCACAUGGAACCACGCGUCACGAAAGUAGCAUCCAACGCCACGGUAGUGCCAUUUUCCCAACUUAAGGCUUUCGUCCACAAUUAGAGCUCAAAAGCUAUUAUAUUUUAUUCCUUGGGUUCAUUUCUUAAGAAUUUUAAGGGAGGAAAAGGAGAACAUUAAAUAGAGCUCUAGCAGGAAUGAAAAGGUUUAUUCACAACUGAGAUGCAGAUCAUAUUAUGUCUAAUCAUUGCACAAUCGAGCAUUCGGUAGCACAUUAUGUCUCAACGGGGGGUAUUCGAAGCCAAUCGCAAUUGCAGGCGCAAGACCACCGAGAGACACUAGUGGUCGUCGGAAAGAACACUUAAGACGAGACUACUUGGCCGCAGCAUUUUUGUGGACGUUAUAAUCACUUGAUAUCUUACUUUGGUCAGAUGAUCAUGAAUGUCUUUAAUCAUCUAUGAUAAACUUUUUGAACCUUGUUUUAAUCUGAACUGGAUCAUCCCAAGAUUCGUUGUCUUUCUAAUGACAUACGCAAGUCGAGCAAGCUGAAAGUGACAACGAAGUACCCGUCGAGAGCGUGCAGAGCGACGUCGACAAAGGAGGCGGGACGGCUUCGGCCACGGCAGACAAUCCCCCUAUACGUCUUUUGUGAUGAGCGGUGUCUCCGUGAUGUCGAACGAGUUUCUAACUUAUCAUGAUAAGACACCCACUGAACAUGGAUUUGAAGUCAACGUCUAUGUCUAAUUUCACCGUCAUAGUAUUUUGUCGUUAGUUGUGACUACGUACAGUUAUGCAAAGUCCUCAGAGCCCGCACCAGUAUUGUCCCUUUCAUUUUCGGAGUCUCGACCAAUAAUAUUUCAGUUUGCAUGCAAAGUUUUGUAGAGCUGGAAAGCAACAAUUUGUUUGAACAGUACGAACAAGCGGCAUAGUAUGCCAUAUUUACUGUCAGGGGACGAGUUAUUUCUCACUGCACAAACAAACGAAAAUGAACAAAAUUCUCCCAUCAAAAGCACUACAAUGUUGCUUAGCCGUGGUUCUGCUUUAUUAAGUCUUUCAAACGCAUUUUCACCGUGGCAUGGUUGAUAAUCGAUAUUCAAAUGUUGAGGAAACGGAUAUGUUUCCUAUCCAUCGGGUGAUUAUUCUUGGCGAGCUAAUACAACUACAAGAAGAAGUUCCAGACGCAUCGACUACUUGGUUUUUUGAGACGCGGUGAUUCACGUGGGACUUACUGCAUGGUGCGCUCUCUCCAAUCACCUCAUCCUCUACCACGACUUCAAUGUGUCUCUGUAGCACUACGCUAACAUGCUUCCCGACGGACUCAAGCUCCGGUUUACCCUCCUCACCAUCACCGCUUUGAUACCUGUCUCAUCAUCUCCACACCUUCAACAACACCUGUUCCCUUACG